AUGGAAAAUAUAGCCUUCAGCCUUGUAUCGUUAACAGUCACUAAGAUUUUACAGUUUUCUGGACUCGCAUACAACAGGAAUGACCUGAAGACCAAGAAGAUGGAGGAGAAAGCGUUAGAAGUGUACGAUGUGAUUCGAUCGAUCCGGGACCCGGAGAAGCCCAACACCCUGGAGGAGCUGGAGGUGGUGACGGAGAAAUGCGUGGAGGUCCAGGAGCUCGGCGAGGACGAGUAUCUAAUCAUUAUCAAGUUUUCUCCAACCGUCCCUCACUGCUCUCUGGCCACUCUGAUCGGUCUGUGCUUACAAGUGAAGCUGCAGAGGUGUUUGCCUUUUAAACACAAGUUGGAAAUUUACAUUUCAGAAGGAACCCAUUCCACGGAGGAAGACAUUAACAAACAGAUCAACGAUAAGGAGCGAGUGGCGGCCGCCAUGGAAAACCCCAAUCUGAGAGAGAUCGUGGAGCAGUGCGUCAUCGAACCCGACGACUGAGCAGGAAGACACGCCCACAUGAAGCAAACACCCUGGAGCCACUGUGUGUGUGUGUGUGUGUGUGUGUGU